CGGGGCAGCGUUGGUGGCCUUAAGUGCGAGCCGGGAGGAGAGGCUCCCAGAGACAGGUGCCGGUGAUGUCUCUACGCAGAUCUCCAGAUCCCGCCGGUGUUGUGAGCUGCUGGCCAAUUGCUGACUCCGAGACGGCCUAGGGGUGGGGCUAGCGCCUAUUCCGCCAAUCGAUGCCGAGAGCAGGGGCCGGCGUCGGGCACAGUCGGGAAGAGAGCGGGGGACUGCGCUGGGCCGCAGCUGAGACCAUGGCGACCGCGAUGGCAGCGACAGCAGCGGAGCGAGCGGUACUGGAGGAGGAGUUCCGCUGGCUGCUACACGCCGAGGUGCAUGCAGUGCUGAGGCAGCUGCAGGACAUCCUCAAGGAGGCCUCUCUGCGCUUCGCUCUGCCAGGUUCAGGCACUGAGAGCCCAGCCAAGCAGGAGAACUUCAUCCUGGGCAGCUGUGGCACAGACCAGGUGAAGGGCGUGCUGACUCUGCAGGGAGAUGCCCUCAGCCAGGCGGAUGUGAACCUGAAGAUGCCCCGGAACAACCAGCUGCUGCACUUGGCCUUCCGGGAGGAUAAGCAGUGGAAGCUGCAACAGAUCCAGGAUGCCAGAAACCAUGUCAGCCAAGCCAUUUACCUCCUUGCCCACCGAGAUGAGAGCUACCAGUUCAAGACGGGUGCUGAAGUCCUCAAGCUCAUGGAUGCUGUGAUGCUGCAGCUGACCAGAGCCCGCAACCGGCUCACCACCCCGGCCACCCUCACCCUGCCCGAGAUCGCAGCCAGCGGCCUCACGCGGAUGUUUGCUCCUUCCCUGCCCUCCGACCUGCUGGUCAAUGUCUACAUCAACCUCAACAAGCUCUGCCUCACGGUAUACCAGCUACACGCCCUGCAGCCCAACUCCACCAAGAACUUCCGCCCAGCUGGAGGCGCAGUGCUGCAUAGCCCAGGGGCCAUGUUUGAGUGGGGCUCACAACGCCUGGAGGUGAGUCAUGUGCACAAGGUGGAAUGUGUGAUCCCCUGGCUCAAUGACGCCCUGGUCUACUUCACUGUCUCCCUGCAGCUCUGCCAGCAGCUCAAGGACAAGAUCUCCGUGUUCUCCAGCUACUGGAGCUACAGACCCUUCUGAGCAAAGUGCCCAGGAGCCUGCACCCUGGGAGGGUGGCAUCUGCCCACAGAACCCCUUUCCCCGCCUACACAGCCCUCGUAGUGUUAUUUAUCUCCCUCACCCACCCUGUCCCACACGUUCGCGUUUGCGCUGCUCUGGUUGGACCCAGGAGGAGGAGGAGGAAGGACACUCGCUGGUUUCGCAUUUGGUUGAGGUUUUGUGUCAGGAAGGUGGCGCCGAGGAGUGGCCACACUCCCAAGUCCUGCCCUCCCAGGCAUCUCGAGGAACCUUUGGACUGGGGGUGGCCAAGUCAGGCCUUUUCUUCCUCUCCAGCUGCCCCAGGGUGGGGGGUGGGGGCGCUGCUGCUCUGCUCCUGCUGGGGGAAGGUGUGGGCGGGGCUCAGCUGUGAGUUGGGAGGGAAGGAAUAGGGCCCUCUGCUGAGCUGCCCUGACAAUGCACUGAAGAGCUAGGACGUUUCUGAAACCUCAGCACACAGCCUCUAAAAAAUAAAGAUCAUCAGACUU